CCGUCGGACCCUCUGCCCUCAACCAUUAUCAUACAAAAAUUGAAAGGACUAAGAAGGACGAACAGCUGCUCAUCGACAUCUAUUGAUGAUCUCAAUUACACAUAUGAAAACGCGAAAUAGAACCCAACCAGUCUCUUUUCGCAGGGCCUCCAAAUCUAAGGCCGACCGGGAGCAGAGCAGAAUACUUUUAUAAUUUUCAUGCGGGAACUCCAAUACCCUCUUCCUCCCCUUUUUCCCUCUUGACCAUGACACGGCGCCGUGCUAUCAACCUGGUUUACUUCUUAUUCGCUCUCCUUUGUCCCCUCGCAGCGUGGGCUGAACUGCAACCUGGCGAUUUAUCUGCCGCUGGCAUUACAGCGGUCUUCCCAGGUAGCGACGGGUAUUCAGCAGCUAGUGCUCCUUUCAACCUUCGCUUCUCAUUUGCCCCAUUCGCCGUCACGUAUCCCAAAUCCGCUGAAGAUGUCUCUACAAUCGUCAAGCUCGGUGUCAUCAACAACCUCCAGGUCGUUGCGCGCAGUGGCGGACACAGCUACAUAGCCAAUGCGCUGGGCGGUAAAAACGGGACGCUUGUCAUCGAUCUCAGCAACAUGACUGCAAUUUCUAUUGAUCCAUCUUCCCAUGUUGCCACCAUAGAGACGGGGAACAGGUUAGGAACCAUAGCUGUUGAGUUGAAUAACGCAGGAAGGGCCCUCCCUCAUGGUACAUGUCCGUAUGUGGGCAUUGGUGGGCAUUCAGCGUUUGGGGGUUUUGGGUAUACGUCCAGAAUGUGGGGGUUGACCCUUGACACUAUCAAAACUGUCAACGCCGUUUUGGCGAAUGGAACGAUUUCUCGUGUUACGGCGGAUAACUACCCUGAUCUUUUCUUCGCUCUCCGAGGUUCUGCCUCUUCGUUCGGCAUAACCAUAUCCAUCGAGUUUGAAACCUUCGCAGCACCGCAAUACUCUAUUAUUUUCUCCUACACAUGGGAUCUCGCUCCGGAUACUGCAGCUCAAGCCCUUAUUGACUUUCAAUCCUUCGCUGUCUCGGGAGAGUCUAUUCCACCUGAAUUCGGUGCUGGGUUUAAGCUUGUAAAAAGUAACACCCCCGGAAAUGUCAAAGUGGACGUUCAUGGUGGAUGGUACGGGGAAGAGGGCAAGUUGGACGAUGUCAUGAAGCCUUAUCUGGACAAGCUCCCUCCACCACAGUCGAAUGUUAGAUUGGGUAAUGGGAGCUAUAUCGAUUCGGUCCUGAAGACGGGGGGGAAGGGUACUUUGGAUGUGAGUGUGCCGGAUAAGACUGAUACGUUUUAUGCGAAAUCUUUGAUGACGAGUGAGGGGAGUCCAAUGACGAAUGAGGCUGCUGUGUCGUUGAUGAGGUAUCUUGCUAACGAAGGGGCGAGUUCAAAUACGGUUUGGUUUAUGCAAGCUGAUCUGUUUGGAGGGUCCAACUCAAAGAUUAACCAAGUCCCUGUUGAUUCGACGUCCUUUGUUCGUCGGGAUACUAUGUUCACCUGGCAAUUCUACGCCUCAUCUGCGAACCUUGAACCCCCUUUUCCUGAAGAAGGAUUGACAUUCUUGGACGGUGCCGUCAACAGCAUUGUCGGAGCUAUGCCUCAUAGUUGGGACUACAGUGCUUAUGCUAACUAUCUCGAGGAUCGUCUUGAAAAGUGGCAAAAGCUGUACUAUGGGAAGCAUUAUGACCGGCUCAAAGCUAUCAAGAAAGCUGUUGACCCUAAUGGUGUCUUUACGUUCCCGACGUCUAUUGAGGAAUAA